CUAAGAGGAUGCUGGGAUUUCUCACCUCCUAGGAGACUUUAUGUACUGUCAUUUAACUGCUUUAUGAAUCAUGAGUUUAUGAAUAUGGAAAUUUUGUGUUAUUUAAAGAUGUUUUGUUUCCUUUUUCAUUUCUUUUUUUCUUUUAGGUGCUCAGAUUUAGGUGCUCAGGUUUGCCUUUUCAAUUUUUAAGAUUUUAGAUUUUAAGCAGUCUACAUGAUCAUUGGACAUAUAUUCUUCAAAAAUUAACCAAUCAAACCUGCCAUCCAUAGCAGCAUGGCAUUUUUUAAGAGCUUCCAGCAAAGUCUCCCUUCCAUGUCCGCCGUGUUGGAAUCGGUGUCAGAAAAGGUGGAUGACCUGGCUUAUGCACUGAGUGAUGUCACAUUCACGGUGAGCGGAGAACUCGCUGAGCAUGUCAACACCAUCAUCCAUAAAGUCCAGGCCGAGGAGCUGAAGAGGAUUCGUAAGAAAGAGGCCGAAGAGAAGGAGGCUGCAGCACUGCAGGCCCAGGAAAGAGAUCCUUUUCUGGGUAGGACUGAAAUCCAGACCCAAGCUGUAUGCGGCCUAGUGAAGGACCCUGAGCCUCAGACUACAAGCAACGACACCAGUUCACUGCUGUCCACUGAGACUUUCUCUACAGAAAGUGACGUCUCACAGAAAGAAAAGACAUUGAAAGAAAAGUUCAUAGCGCAAAAUGGGGCUGAUUCACUUUCUGUACUACAACAAAAUGGAUCCUGUGUUAUAGAAAGAACUGAGUCCACUAAACUAAAAACAUCUAGAAGCCCAGCAGAUGGUUGUGAGGAGAAGAAAUCUGGUAAUAUUGAGAGACCAGCUGAAGAUAAGAGCUAUGUGAAUGCAGACUAUCACUGCUCGUCGUCAGACAGUGAUGAUGAGGUGAUUGGCCAGUAUCAGGAGGCUGUGUCUCGAUCGCAGGGUCUCAGGGGUGGGUCAGCGGGGACUCACUCACGCCACCAGAAGGGCUACGGCUGGGACACACGGCAGAAAUACUGCCCCCUAGCGGCUGAAUAUGAUGGCUACAGCAGUGAGGCCUCAGCAGAUGAUGUAAACUGUAUCCAGCGGAUGAGACGGACUCCACCAUUGGAUGAGCUGCAGCCUCCACCCUAUCAGGAUGAGGAUGGGUCGCCACGCAUGUCAUGCACACCCUCUGACCUGGACGAUGCCAAAUGUGACCUUUCCCAGGGAAGCGAAAGCCCCAGACACAGCUAUGGAAAAUGUCCAAGUGAGGUCAGCGGAGCACAGGAAACAGAGAGUUUCCUUAACAAGGGCUAUGAAGAAGAUGUGCCCAGUGACAGCACUGCUGUACUCAGCCCAGAGGAUCUGUCUGCACGUGGAUCGGCGGCUCAGCUUCCCAAAGGUUACGACCCUGAGCCUCUCUCUCAAUAUGGAACUCUCGACGUCAUCUUCGACUACGAUUCGUCUGACCAGCGUCUGUCUGUCACGAUAACAGCGCUGACAGACAUUCCUUCUCUCAAACGCACGGGUAACAUCUCCUGGCAGGUGCAUCUGGUGCUGCUGCCCACCAAAAAACAGAGGGCCAAAACCAUCAUCCAGCGUGGCCCCUGCCCCGUCUUCACAGAGACACUUUACUUCAGCCAUAUCGAGUCGGAGAUGAUCGGGAAUUACGCCGUGCGGUUCCGCUUGUACAGCAUCCGCAGGAUGAAGAAGGAGAAGGCUCUCGGAGAGAAGGUGUUCUACCUCACCAAACUCAACCUACAGGGCAAGAUGUCAGUCCCCAUCAUACUGGACCCCUGCUGCAAUAUACCUGGCAGUGACUCUCAGGCAAGCGUGUCAGAUGUAUCGUGCAGCGAGACGGCCUCGUCGUUCCCAUCUGCUGGUCAGGGGUCGGCUCCUGAGAUCCUGCUGGGGCUUGUGUACAAUGCCACUACAGGACGUCUCUCUGUGGAGGUCAUCAAAGGAAGCCACUUUAAAAACCUGGCAGCAAAUAAACCUCCCAACGGUUUGUUCUGUUGUCUAAAGCACUUGAUAGGUGGGCAGGUGUACAUAAUCCGAGACACAUACGUAAAGCUGACUCUGCUGAACUCAAUGGGUCAAGAGAUGUCCAAGUGCAAGACGUCCAUCUGUCGAGGCCAACCCAACCCCACCUACAAGGAGACCUUUGUGUUCCAAGUAGCUCUGUUCCAGCUCUCUGACGUCACACUCAUCCUGUCGGUCUACAACAAGCGCAGCAUGAAACGGAAGGAAAUGAUUGGCUGGAUCUCUCUGGGGCUGAACAGCUCUGGGGAGGAGGAGCUGACACACUGGACACAGAUGAAGGAAUCGAAGGGACAACAGGUGUGUCGAUGGCACAGUCUUUUGGAGUCCUAGAUAUCAACAAGUGAUGGCAAUGAUGUGUGUAAUGGCAUAGGUGACAGAGAGCAGGUCAUGCCCUCGAACGGCCCCAAGACGACAGAGCUGGCCUUCACUGCAGUGCAUUAUGAGAAACACGAGUAGUUCUGGGGAUGUAAUCUACUCUCCUUCCCAAUGCACUGUGGGAAACAGGUUAGAGAAAAUGGUGAGAACAGGGUUAGAGAUGCCACACCGUUAAUGGAGGAAACACUACUGAGAUGUAUUUAGAUAUUUAUUUGUAUAUUUUUGACAUGCUGUUUCUCUUUUGUUGAUCUUAAGAUUAUGGGGUUAUGGUGUUUAAGGCACAGUAAGAGAGAAAGAAAGUGUGAGAUCCAGACAUGAAUGAGUUCAUAUAUCUUAGCUCAGAUUUUAACGUGUCCUAAGAUUACAUUACUCAGACCUACCAAAGUUGUACAGGGGUACAAUUACUGUCAGGUUGACUAGAUGCCAUUCUGAGGUAUUUUAAUGAAAACUAUGACUAUGGCUGGGUUUCUCAACAUGUGAUUGGAUUUUCUUGAUUGUGUUCUUAUACAGGAUUUAGUUAAUUCCACUUUAUAAGAGUGCCAAUCCAUACUUCACCACAUACAGCCUGUCAUCCAGAGUUAUG